AUGCGCAUGAAAGAUACACCAAGGAUUGAAAUAAGAAUUUGCAAAAAAUGUGCUAAUGCGCUUUAUUAUGAUAAGAAUAAAUUUACUCAGAAGGAGAAUGGAAAUAUUGGAAUUUGUUUUGAAAUUUGUGAAGGCUGCGCGAAAUUAAAUAUGCAGCUCAAAGAUUUUGUUUCAGAGUGGGACGAGAAGAAGGUACAGAACAUGAAAAAGGAAUAA